CAUUCCACUAUAAAUAGCACACAUCUACUUCCCAACAUGCAUCAACACACACAUUAAAACACUCAAGAGGUUCAAGAUUAAGAAAAAGUGAGAGAGAUGGAGAACUUCCCAGUGAUCAACUUGGAGAAUCUCAAUGGUGAGGAGAGAAAAGCUAUCCUAGAGAAAAUUGAAGAUGCUUGUCAGAACUGGGGAUUUUUUGAGUUGGUAAAUCAUGGAAUACCCCAUGAACUUUUGGAUACUGUGGAAAGGUUAACAAAAGAGCAUUAUAGGAAAUGCAUGGAGCAGAGGUUCAAGGAGGCAGUGGCAAGCAAAGGGUUAGAGGGUAUCCAAGCUGAAGUAAAGGACUUGGACUGGGAGAGUACCUUCUUCUUGCGCCAUCUCCCAGAUUCCAACAUUUCUGAAAUCCCUGAUCUCAGCCAAGAGUACAGGAAGGCGAUGAAGGAAUUUGCAGAGAAAUUAGAGAAGCUUGCAGAGGAGUUACUAGACCUUUUAUGUGAAAAUCUUAGAUUAGAGAAGGGGUACCUGAAGAAGGCCUUCUACGGAUCAAAAGGUCCAAAUUUUGGCACAAAGGUUGCAAACUACCCUCCAUGUCCGAAGCCAGAGCUGGUGAAGGGUCUUCGUGCACAUACCGAUGCUGGUGGGAUUAUCCUUCUCUUGCAAGAUGACAAGGUCAGUGGCCUGCAGCUUCUCAAAGAUGGCCACUGGGUGGAUGUGCCUCCAAUGCGCCACUCCAUAGUUGUUAACCUUGGUGAUCAGCUUGAGGUUAUCACCAAUGGGAAAUACAAGAGUGUGGAGCACCGCGUGAUUUCUCGAACUGAUGGGACCAGAAUGUCCGUAGCCUCAUUCUACAACCCUGCCAGUGAUGCUGUUAUCUACCCCGCACCAGCAUUGUUGGAGAGAGAUGCAGAGGAGAUCGACAAAGUAUACCCAAAAUUUGUGUUUGAGGACUACAUGAGGCUCUAUGCUACACUUAAGUUCCAGCCAAAGGAGCCAAGAUUUCAAGCUAUGAAAGGAGUGGAUUCAUUUUAGUUUCGUCCCAACUUGAACAGCUUAAUUGGAUCAUUGUUAUACUACACUGCUGGAAGAAAUUUUAUUGAUUAGAAAAGAGUGAGAAAAUAAUUAUUGGUUGUUUAAUUUUCCAAAGUCUUGUUACAGUGGUGGAUUGAUUAUUUGUACUCCAGAAAAUAAAGAAGUGUUCUAAUGAUAUUCAACAUUACUUGUUCUUGCUG